UCAAAAGACGAAGGGAGUUGGUCUUCUUGAUAUCUUGGCAAGAUCGACAGAUCAUGCUUCUUACACUGCAACAACGUGGCGCCUGUGAAGUUUUGUAUAGGAUUCCGAAUACCAAUGAUCAAGUUGAGCGCUCCAGAGAACCCUUCGUUAUUAUUUGCGUCAAACCAGACGUAAUUUAUAGACAAGACAAGGUUCUCGUUCUGCUGGGGUAACGGACCAAGGCUGGCUGUGAGAAGUUGUCGGACGUCAGAGACUACUCCCCCAAGUGCACAGCGCGACGUAGAGGGCACACCGUGAUGGAGAAGCCUCCAUUGACUAGCGAUGAGGAGGACACUAGGAUGGGAGAGAGUCGGUCGGAGGCGGAGCUCCUGGACUUGGGAGUGCAGGGGACCUCCGGGGGCGUGGUGUCGUCUGAAAAUGUAGACGACCGCCCGGCAUGGGACAGCAAGCUGCAGUAUGUACUGGCUCAGGUGGGCUUCAGCGUGGGCUUGGGGAACGUUUGGAGGUUCCCCUACCUCUGCCAUCAGAACGGAGGAGGUGCGUUCAUGGUGCUCUAUGUCAUGCUGUUGGUGGUGGUGGGGGUUCCCCUGUUCUUCAUGGAGCUGGCUGCGGGCCAGUGUAUCCGUCAGGGCAGCAUCGGUGUGUGGAAGCACAUCUCCCCCAAGCUGGCCGGUAUCGGCUACUCCAGCUGCAUGGUGUGUUUCUUUGUGGCUCUCUACUAUAAUGUCAUCAUCGCAUGGAGUCUCUUCUACAUGGGAAACUCCUUCCAGUAUCCUCUACCCUGGGAGCAGUGUCCCAUCAACAUGACCACCAAUAACACUGUAAAGGAAUGCUCAGGUAGCUCCCCAACCUCAUACUUCUGGUUCCGGAAGGCUCUAGACAUCACAGACUCCAUCGAUGAGUCUGGUGAGUUUAACCCCAUCAUGACGGGCUGUCUGCUGGCUGCCUGGGCCAUCGUCUGUCUAGCCAUGAUCAAUGGCAUCAAGUCCUCUGCCAAGGUGAUGUAUUUCUCCUCAGUCUUCCCCUAUGCUGUGCUGUUCAUUUUCCUCAUCAGAGGCUUGAUGCUGGAUGGAGCCAUGGAGGGAAUCGCCUACAUGUUCUACCCUAAAAUAGACAUUUGGGCUGAGGUGCAGGUGUGGCGGCAGGCAGCCACACAGGUGUUCUUUGCCCUGGGCCUGGGCUACGGCUCUGUGAUUGCCUACUCUUCCUACAACCCCAUCCACAACAACUGUCACCGUGAUGCUCUCAUGGUCUCCUGCAUCAACUUCAUGACCUCAGUGCUCGCAUCACUGGUGGUGUUCGUAGUGCUGGGCUUCAGGGCCAAGAACAUUGUCCUGAACUGCAUCACCCAAAAUGUGGGCCUGUUAAACGACAUGGCCACACAUGGAAGCAACCAUCACUGGUGGCCGUGGUUCAACAUGUCUGAUCCUGCCUCCGUCACCAUACCUGACUACAGAGAGUGGUACCAUCACUACGGCUCCCAGGUGGGAACAAACAUCACCGACUGUGACCUGGAUGAGGAGAUGAGCAAGGGUGUGGAAGGGACGGGCCUGGCGUUCAUUGCCUUCACAGAGGCCAUGGCCCAGUUCCCUGCCAGCCCCUUCUGGUCCACGCUCUUCUUCCUCAUGCUGCUCAACCUGGGCAUGAGCACCAUGUUCGGCACCAUGCAGGGGAUCCUCACCCCCCUCAUGGACAACUUCAGCCUGCUGGGACGCCACCGGACCAUGCUCACUGUGUGCAGCUGUGCUCUGGGCUUUGUGAUCGGACUUUUGUUUACCCAGCGCUCGGGGAACUACUUUGUGACGAUGUUCGAUGACUACUCUGCCACCUUGCCCCUGAUCAUCGUGGUGGUCUUUGAGACAUUCGCUGUGGCCUGGGUGUACGGAGCUGACCGCUUCUUGGAUGACAUUGAGAUCAUGCUGAAAUGGCGCCCCCCGGUGCUGUAUAAGUACCUGUGGAAGUACGUGUGUCUGUUUGCUAUGGUGGGCCUGCUGGCGGCAAGUCUACUGCGAAUGGUCUUCAAACGACCGACCUACACAGCCUGGAACCACACCACGGCAUCGGAGACAACUCUGGAGUACCCAGGCUGGGCCCUUGCUAUGUUGGCCAUGCUGAUCCUGGCUGCCACCCUGCCUGUCCCUGUUGGCUACUUCCACUCCUGGCUGAAGAACCGUGGCAUGGGCCCCGAGGGGGAGCUUGCGGGCCAGGAGAUAGACCGAGAGAGGUACACCAAGUGCAACUCCAGCGACGCCCUGGACUCCAACUCCCAGCAUACCCCUUCGGUGGAGGAUGAUGGCCGACCCAGGGCUAGCUUCCUACCACUGGGCCUCGACCACUACAGACUCCUCCCACAACAGGAAGACGUGGAGGAGGAGGAAGAGGAUACGAUGUGAGAGAGGGGUUUGAGAAUCGAGGGACGAAGAGAGGAGAGUGGCAGUGGGAAAGUGCCUCACAUUGGAGAGAGUGAGAGAGAGAGCAUCUCUUGACUGAAAAAGUCCCCAGACUUUUAAUUGAUAAUGAAUAUUAAUAAUGUAUUACUAUGUAUAUGACCGUUCAUCCAUAUUACCAAAGAAACCUACCCUUAGCACAAUGGAAUAACCUGUAUCCUUAGUGCCAACGCACACCUAUCAGUCACCUAUCAUAAGUCACCUAUCAUAAGUGACCUGUCGUAAGUGACUUAUCAAAAUUGACCUAUCAUAAGUGACCUAUCAUAAGUGACUUAUCAUAAUUGACCUAUCAUAAGGGACCUAUCAUAAGUCACCUAUCGUAAGUCACCUAUCAUAAGUGACAUCAUAAUUGACCUAUCAUAGUGGUUAGAGUGUUGGGCCAGUAACUGAAAGGUUGCUGGAUUGAAUCCCCGAGCUGACAAGGUAAAAAUCUGUCGUUCUGCCCCUGAACAAGGCAGUUAACCCACUGUUCCUAGGCCGUCAUUGUAAAUAAGAAUGUGUUCUUAACUGACUUGCCUAGUUAAAUUGACUAUUUAAAAAAUCUAUCGUAAGUGGCCAAUUAUAAGUAACCUAUCAUUGUACUGCUAAGUACUGUAAGAAGUGCCUUAUGGUUCAAGUGCUGUAUUAACACACCCAGGAUCCUAUUCCUUGAACUGUGAUGAGAGUUUCAACUAGCUGCUCACAGGUAAAUGAUAUGUAUGACUUGUAUUCUUGGGUUUCUUGUAGUUUGACUUGAUUCUGCUCCAAAGACACUUAUGAAGGUGAGGAGUAUUGAGGGAAGCGAAGGACUUUAAAGUCCAGCUUGUAUAUUGCAUAGUAAUACUCUUGUAAGACAAGUAGAGGCUCUGAUCCAGAGAGCCACAAAAUAUAUAUUUGAUAUAUUCUGAUAUGCAGUUUUUUUAUUAGGGUGCUAAACUUAGUUCAGGAAAGUAAGGAGCUGAAUUUGGGGCAAAGAUUGGGGAAGUUGUGCAGUGGUACUCGGUAUGACCAGUGACCGCCCAUAAACAAAGAUCCUGCCAAAGUAACUUCUAAAGGAUGUUUAGAAAAUAACAUGCCUUGUGUCUGAGGUUUUACUAAGUAGUAUGUGAUGGUAGUGAGAAACAGCACAAUCCCCAUAGCUGUGUGUUAGUAGUGUUAAUAGUAGUGAACUGGCUGAAAGGGAACUUAACAUUCACAUCAUCUCCUGAUGCUGAUUGUUGCCUCUGACCCAACGUGUCUGUCUGUCUGUCAGAGGCCCCAUCAGUGAGCAGGUCACCAGGCAGAACCAGUGAGCUAGAGAGGCCCCAUCAGGGGGCAGGUCACCGGGCAGAACCAGUGAGCUAGGGAGGCUCCAUCAGGGGGCAGGUCACCAGGCAGAACCAGUGAGCUAGAGAGGCCCCAUCAGGGGGCAGGUCACCGGGCAGAACCAGUGAGCUAGGGAGGCUCCAUCAGGGGGCAGGUCACCAGGCAGAACCAGUGAGCUAGGGAGGCUCCAUCAGGGGGCAGGUCACCGGGCAGAACCAGUGAGCUAGGGAGGCUCCAUCAGGGGGCAGGUCACCAGGCAGAACCAGUGAGCUAGGGAGGCUCCAUCAGGGGGCAGGUCACCAGGCAGAACCAGUGAGCUAGGGAGGCUCCAUCAGGGGGCAGGUCACCAGGCAGAACCAGUGAGCUAGGGAGGCUCCAUCAGGGGGCAGGUCACCAGGCAGAACCAGUGAGCUAGGGAGGCUCCAUCAGGGGGCAGGUCACCAGGCAGAACCAGUGAGCUAGGGAGGCUCCAUCAGGGGGCAGGUCACCGGGCAGAACCAGUGAGCUAAGUGUCUAAUAAUAUAUUUUGGACAUAGUGUAUAUCCAGUUCAUAAGAAACACUUACUUGAAACAGGAAUUGCAUUUUUGACUCUUACUUUCAAUGAGCUGCAACUACCUCCCUUAUGCUCUAGAGAUCAUGGUGCAAAGUCUCAGUCCUCAAAGCAGACUACUCCUUUAACCUAGUCACACCGUCGUUCUGAUCCUAACCAUACUGUUCUGGUUCUACUCCUUUAACCUAGUCACGCUGUCGUUCUGAUCCUAACCAUACUGUUCUGGUUCUACUCCUUUAACCUAGUCACACUGUCGUUCUGAUCCUAACCAUACUGUUCUGGUUCUACUCCUUUAACCUAGUCACGCUGUCGUUCUGAUCCUAACCAUACUGUUCUGGUUCUACUCCUUUAACCUAGUCACGCCGUCGUUCUGAUCCUAACCAUACUGUUCUGGUUCUACUCCUUUAACCUAGUCACACUGUCGUUCUGAUCCUAACCAUACUGUUCUGGUUCUACUCCUUUAACCUAGUCACGCCGUCGUUCUGAUCCUAACCAUACUGUUCUGGUUCUACUCCUUUAACCUAGUCACGCCGUCGUUCUGAUCCUAACCAUACUGUUCUGGUUCUACUCCUUUAACCUAGUCACGCCGUCGUUCUGAUCCUAACCAUACUGUUCUGGUUCUACUCCUUUAACCUAGUCACGCUGUCGUUCUGAUCCUAACCAUACUGUUCUGGUUCUACUCCUUUAACCUAGUCACGCUGUCGUUCUGAUCCUAACCAUACUGUUCUGGUUCUACUCCUUUAACCUAGUCACGCCGUCGUUCUGAUCCUAACCAUACUGUUCUGGUUCUACUCCUUUAACCUAGUCACGCCGUCGUUCUGAUCCUAACCAUACUGUUCUGGUUCUACUCCUUUAACCUAGUCACACCGCCGUUCUGAUCCUAACCAUACUGUUCUGGUUCUACUCCUUUAACCUAGUCACGCUGUCGUUCUGAUCCUAACCAUACUGUUCUGGUUCUACUCCUUUAACCUAGUCACGCCGUCGUUCUGAUCCUAACCAUACUGUUCUGGUUCUACUCCUUUAACCUAGUCACGCUGUCGUUCUGAUCCUAACCAUACUGUUCUGGUUCUACUCCUUUAACCUAGUCACACUGUCGUUCUGAUCCAAACCAUACUGUUCUGGUUCUACUCCUUUAACCUAGUCACACCGUCGUUCUGAUCCUAACCAUACUGUUCUGGUUCUACUCCUUUAACCUAGUCACGCUGUCGUUCUGAUCCUAACCAUACUGUUCUGGUUCUACUCCUUUAACCUAGUCACGCUGUCGUUCUGAUCCUAACCAUACUGUUCUGGACUUUUCUUAUCACGUUGUCCUUUCCAGGCCAAUUCAGCUCUGCUCGGAUCGACUCCGUAGUGUGAAAAUGACUCUUUUUUCAUCCUUGCCUUGUAACCAGAGAUUGAUUUGUCGCUGGGAAACUAGGUGUGUGCACACGUCAGCCAAUCAUUAGUUGAUCAUAAGUACCAGGGAGAAACACUAACCUAGCAGGACUGUGGAUGUCGAGGGCCUGAAUUUAUGCACCCUUGAUCAAGACAAUCAACUGUUACUGUAUUUCUCAGUGUUGAGUUUACCCAGGUCAACUGUUACUGUAUUUCUCAGUGUUGAGUUUACCCAGGUCAACUGUUACUGUAUUUCUCAGUGUUGAGUUUACCCAGGUCAACUGGCUAACUCAUUGAUCCUGCCUGGUGAGUUUACCACCCAGCUCUGCCCAUUCAUGUCAUUAGAUAUAAACUGGGAUUUCUGAGUGCUCUGCACAGCUAUGCCCAUCAAAGCAAAGCUAGUAGCUGCAAUGGAGACUGCAGAGAGAACAGAACCCUCCACAGUUACAACUGGGACGUAGACUUCUCAAUGAUUGUACAAACAUCAUCAUGGCAACAGAACGUGACUUAGGCCUUAUUGGUAACUGUAAUGAAUUAACAAAUGUAAUGAUUUAAUACCAGACAUGUACCCAAUUACAGUCCUCUUCCACUGCUUUUCCAUUUAAAUAGUGUUUGAAAUUAGUAUUUGAAAAAAAUACAAAUUCUAAUUCAUUUGAAAAAGGGCAUCCAAAAGUAGUGACAAUUCCAAAACUUGUUUACGAUCCUGUUAUUACAUGGUAAUUACAAAGCUUAUUUCAUUGGUAGUUAAUAUGGUAUAACAAGGCGACGCCUAUGGUGUCAAGUGUGGCCGGAAACAUUACUGUACUAGAAGGAUUGGUACACUUGCAGUCCCGCAGUCAAACACACUCCAGGUCAGGGAUGGGCAACUCCAGUCCUCGAGGGCCUGAUUGAUUGGAGUUUCCCAUCCCUACUCCAGGGGAAUGGAGUUGCCCAUCCCUGCUCCAGGGGAAUAGAGUUGCCCAUAACUGCUCCAGGUGAAUGGAGUUGCCCAUCCCUGCUCCAGGGGAAUAGAGUUGCCCAUCCCUGCUCCAGGGGAAUAGAGUUGCCCAUCCCUGCUCCAGGGGAAUGGAGUUGCCCAUUCAUGCUCCAGGGGAAUGGAGUUACCCAUCCCUGCUCCAGGGGAAUGGAGUUGCCCAUCCCUGCUCCAGGGGAUAGAGUUGCCCAUCCCUGCUCCAGGGGAAUGGAGUUGCCCAUCCCUGCUCCAGGGGAAUGGAGUUGCCCAUCCCUGCUCCAGGGGAAUGGAGUUGCCCAUCCCUGCUCCAGGGGAAUGGAGUUGCCCAUCCCUGCUCCAGGGGAAUGGAGUUGCCCAUCCCUGCUCCAGGGGAAUGGAGUUGCCCAUCCCUGCUCCAGGGGAAUGGAGUUGCCCAUCCCUGCUCCAGGGGAAUGGAGUUGCCCAUCCCUGCUCUAUGGGAAUGGAUGAUAAAAAGUGAGGGAGACUGAAAGACAGAUACACAGUCCAGGGUUCACUAAGGCCUGAGGGUCAAGGACACACCCUGAGAUAGUUGAACUGCAGGAAGACUGGGUUGUAGUCAUUAGGGCACAGCGUAGCAAAACGUUUUGUAACUAAAAACAAUUGUUUGUUAUUGUUCUGGUAUCCGUCCCUGUUUCAGUCAGUUUCCUUCUGUUUGCUGCAUAGUAAACACUACCCUGUUGAGACAGUGAGAGGCCCCAUUGGCAUAGACUCCACACCCCAGACAAUCAAGGCAGCUUUGUGUUUGUUUUUGUGUGUGAGUUUAUUACAGCACAAUCUUACCAACGCCAAAGAGGUUUGCAUGCAGUGUUUUACUGUAUAUUGUGAAGAAGCUUGUGCUAUUAUGCUGCAAUUUCAGCUUAGCUUGAUCCAUGUUGAGGAUGGGUUUGCAUGGACACCACCUUGGCCUUGUUAGCUCCCUAGGAACUGUGAUUAUGUAUGUAUGUAUGCCUCUGACUGAAUCAAUGUCAGUGUAAAACUGAGCGUGUGUUUCUGUGUGUCUGUCUGUCUGUCAGAAUAUAUAUAUAUAUAUAUGAGUUGUUUUGAAAGAUGUCUUACCUCAAGUAUGUAUGUGUUGUUGUCAAAUGAGAGGAUUGUACUGUAUAUACCAAAUAAAGUAUACUUUUGAACAGGUGA